AUGAAUAGUAUUUAGUUCAAUAUAAAAAAAUGCAAAUAAUUUUUUUGCAGACCGCAAAAAUUUUCUCAUAAACCACCAGUGAUCUACGGACCACCAGUUGGUGAUCGCUGGUCUAUAUCACCUUCUCUAUAUUUUUUUAAAAAUAUAGAGAAGGUGAUAUAUAUUACAGGUGAAGCAUACCAACAUCAACACAGGAGGAAAAGGGACACAAGAAGGGAAAGUGAUACAUGCUAUGAUGUCAUAGCACAGAUGUUAUCAAUAGUAUAAUGGCACACAAACACAAAAUGUUUUUAAUAUGAUCAUAAGACUCCUCAAUUAAUAAAUUACUAUUGCUGCUGCUGCUACUACUACUACACAGUGACAUUGUGGCUUGUUAUCAAUUACUGAUGACUGGGAAUUUUCAUCUUGCCCACAAAUAUCCUUUUCUUUCUUCCUGUGCCAUUUCUUGACUAUUCCAUAUGAGCUGCUUCUCUAUAGAUUUUAUUCUGAAAUCACACUUCCUUGUUCACAGAAUUUCCAAAAGAGAAUGGGCUUUCAUCCAUAUUCAUAUGUUUUCUCCACUAAUUGUCUUACUCUUUUUAUUUACGUACAGAUAAAAAGCAACAGGGAGGAAAAGAUGACUACCUGUAUUAUUGCCUAUUAUUCUGGUAAGAGGACUGAGUAUCUCAAUUAUCAUAAUUUAUUCAUAGAAGACUCAGGCCUCCUUUUUUCAUUUAGUAGCUGUAGGAAUUAUCUCCCCAGAAACCACUUCUACUGCAAAUAUUUAAAGAACAGCAUUUGCUCUCUGUUGACAUUUUAUCUGGUUCUCAUAAAGUUGUAUCAUUGCACGAAACCUUCAGUUUUAUGGGUUUCCGCUUAGUGGACUUUGAACACAAUAAGCCGAAUCUGCUUUUUGUUGUUUGCUUUGGCACACCCCAUAGGCCAGUUUGUGUGUGCAUUAAAUCCUAUUUGGAUUUAAUGGAUAUUCUGCUUUAACAUGUACUCUUUCUCCCAUUCAUCCAUUAAAUUUUAGGGCUAUCAGAUUAUCUAGAUUUCUACAGCCCAGAUCUGCUAAUCAUUAUUUAUUUUUUUCCUUUUGCAUCUUUACUUACUCACCCUUUACAUGUAUUUGCAAUCUGGGCAAUUUGAAAUUAUUCCAGGGGUUAAUGUACUCUGUACGAUCUGUAAAAUGAGGGAUUGCCGUAUUGUUCCACCAGUGCUGUGGUGGUCCAGCUAAUGCCAACAGGUUUUAUACUGCCAUCUGAUGACAGAAGCAGAGCCAUGCCUUGUACCUACCGGGACCCCACCGCACGGGCUCCUUCUAUGCCCCAAAAUGCUUCUGCCACACACUCCAGUGGCAAAACAUACCAGGAGCUGAAGCUUGAAUGCCAGCAGAAGGGGAUCCUCUUUGAGGAUUGUGACUUCCCAGCCAACGACUCUUCCCUGUUCUACAAUGAGAAACCAUCAAUACCCUUUGUGUGGAAAAGACCAGGGGAAAUCGUUAAAGACCCGCAGUUUAUUCUUGGAGGAGCCACAAGAACUGACAUUUGUCAAGGAGACCUUGGUGAUUGUUGGCUAUUAGCAGCUAUAGCAUCUCUUACCCUCAAUGAAAAAGUACUAGCCAGAGUUAUACCACAAAAUCAAGAUUUUGACUCAGAUUAUGCCGGAAUAUUUCAUUUUCAGUUUUGGCAGUACAAUGAAUGGCUGGAUGUUGUUAUUGAUGACCGCUUGCCCACUUUCAAAGACCGCUUGGUUUUUCUGCACUCAGCUGACCUCAAUGAAUUCUGGAGUGCCUUGUUGGAAAAAGCCUAUGCCAAGUUGAAUGGAAGUUAUGAAGCUCUAAAAGGAGGAAGUUCAAUUGAAGCCAUGGAAGACUUCACUGGGGGAGUUGGAGAAACAUUUGAAGUUAAAAAGGCUCCAAAAAAUUUCUAUGAACUCUUACAGAAGGCACUUCAAAGAGGCUCACUGGUGGGCUGUUCUAUUGAUAUCAGCAAUGCAGCUGAGUCAGAAGCUCGAACACCAAGUGGUCUCAUAAAAGGUCAUGCAUACUCAGUAACUGGUAUUGAUGAGGUCAAUUACCAAGGGCAAACAGUGAGGCUCAUUCGAGUACGGAAUCCGUGGGGUCAAGUGGAAUGGAAUGGUGCCUGGAGUGACAACUCCUCUGAGUGGGAUUCCCUCAGCCCAUCAGAGAAACAGCAACUACAUCAUACAGCAUUAGAUGAUGGAGAAUUCUGGAUGAAGUUUGAAGAUUUUCUGUCUCAUUUUGAGAAAGUUGAGAUCUGUAACCUCACACCAGAUGCUCUUGAAGACAACGCUGCUCAUAAAUGGGAAGUGUCCAUUCACCAAGGCAGUUGGGUCAGAGGUGCCACUGCUGGGGGCUGCCGAAAUUUCAUAGAAACAUUUUGGACCAAUCCCCAGUUCAAGCUCCAACUGGCAGAAAAAGAUGAGGGUCAAGAUGAGUGCACAUUUGUAGCUGCCCUGAUGCAGAAGAAUCGCCGUAAACUCAGGAAACUCGGAGCUGCACUGCUAACAAUAGGAUAUGCUAUCUAUGAGAGUCCUGAUAAAGAUGAACACUUGACAAAGGAUUUUUUCCGCUACCAUGCUUCCAAAGCCAGGAGCAAAACCUAUAUAAACUUAAGGGAAGUUUCUGAUAGAUUUGAGCUACCACCUGGUCAUUACAUCAUUGUUCCAACUACAUAUGAGCCACAACAGGAAGCUGAUUUCUGUCUAAGAGUUUUUUCUGAAAAGAGAGUAGUUACAAAGGAGAUGGAUGGAAAUGUCAACAUUGAUUUGCCAGAGAUUCCUGAGCCAACACAACCUCAACAAGAAACAGAAGAAGAAAAGCAAUUCCGAGAUUUGUUCAAGCAGAUUUCAGGACCGGACAUGGAGAUCAGUGCAGAGGAACUUGAAUAUAUCCUGAAUGCUGUGUUGGAAAAAAACAAGAUCAAAUUCAAGAAAAUAAGCCUCCUGUCAUGUAAAAAUAUCAUUUCCUUAAUGGCUUCCAGCGGGAAUGAAAAACUGGAAUUCAACGAAUUCAAACUUUUCUGGGACAAACUGAAAAAGUGGAUUAGCCUCUACCUUCACUUUGAUUCUGAUCAGUCUGGCACAAUGUCUUCCCAUGAACUUCGUCUCGCUUUAAAAGCAGCAGGAUUUCAGCUCAAUAACUAUCUGCUGCAGCUGAUAGUAUUAAGGUAUUCAGAUGAUCAGCAACAGAUCGAAUUUGACGACUUCUUAAACUGCCUAAUUCGCUUAGAAAAUGCAAGCAGAGUAUUCCAGGCAUUAUGUGUGGAAAACAGAGAUUUCAUUAACCUCCAUAUAAAUGAGUUUAUCAAUUUGACUAUGAACAUCUGAAGGCCUUGAACACGGAGUUCAGCCAGUAUCCCAACAUGCUUCUGAGUUGAACUGAGUUCACACUUUCCCCCAAUCACUGAAAAUUACAAGGGAUGUUUGUAUUGUCAAUAUUUUCUUAUACUCACCUUUUGUGAAUAUGUAGUUUUAGAACUCAAAUGCAAAUAAGUAUUUUCUAGAUUUAAAGCCCUAUUAUUUCAGCCAACACAGGAUAAUGAAAAGAUAAUAGGAUCUGAAAACCUAAACAUCUGGAGGGCAGUAAACUGAGGACGUUGCACUAACAUCUAUUUGUAUACAAAUAUAUUGCAUGUGUGAACACAUGCUGUAAUGAAUUACUGUUUAGCUGACAUAAAUGAAUAGCCCUAAGCAAUUAUUGUCUUUUGAUUUAACAUAAUUAUG